CCUUCAGCAGUCUCACUUGAGGAGGGAGCCACAGCAGCCUCUUCUGACCUCGUGUCCACGCCAUGUCUCACCUGCUGCCCUUCCUCCUGCUCCUGCUUCUGCCAGCUGGGGAAUGCUCCAGGGAGGAACCCCAGAAGCUCUGUGCCCACAACUUCAUCCGAGCCCUCGUGAGGGCCUGUGGCGGCCCCCGCUGGGCCCUCCCUGAUGGAAGGCAGGGCACCGGGGGUGACCGAGAAAUACUUCAGUGGCUCCACAAUAGACCCUUCCGGGGAUUGGCCCCGGAUGCCAACGUGGGUGAGGAGUCGGACGUGGGGCUACUGCCGAGAGCCGGCCUGGCUGUGGAUGCAGAGGAGCCGGAGCCUCCCUCGGGGAUCCAGAGGGCCCCCCGCCGGCGAAGAGCCCCCAGCCCAGCCAAGCACUGCUGUAGCAACGGCUGCACCAAGCAAGACCUGCUGGCCUUCUGCCCCCAUUAGUUUCCCGGACUGGGAAACUGAGGCCCCGGAAGUCCAUGGACUUCUCCCAGUGCUCCCACGGGAGCAGAGAGCCUGGGGCCAAUCUCAGCCCUCCAAGGACUAACAUUUGGGUUCAAGCCUGUGGGCCCGGUCUUCCUGGAGCAACCCGCCCGGGCCGGUCUGUAGUUCCUGUAGCCAGGAAAGCCCGGUUCCCUCCGCUAAGCCUGAGCUCUAACAUUGUGAGUUAAGAUGUCCAGAUUUUGUCCUCUGUAAUUGUCCCCGGGGGGAAGAACCCCUAAGAAACUGGCAAAAGGUU